ACGUUGUCAAGUCACAUUCUGACCUUACGUUAUGGGUCUCUAACCUGAGGAUGAUGAAUUUUCCGUUUUUUACCUUUUGCCUCCUGCUGGCUGUCUCAACGAUGUGCGUUUGGUAAAUAUCGGCAGCCAUUCCAGUAUCGCGGCAAUAGACGCCUAUCACUAAGGGCGUUGCUCCCCCUCUAACACCUGAUUCACGAUCCGAUUGCCAUUUAUGGACGACGAAAUCAACAAACUACGUCGGCAAUUUCGGAAAGAGCAAAUUUGACGCGAGAAUGAGCAACGACGACGCAAGAACGAAGUUGAAGGACUCGCGGAAGCAUCACGACCACAGACAAUCCAGAAAUAUCUCGAAGCCUGCCAUUCUCUCAGUGUCGCUAUUCAGGCUGUGGCUGACCGCACCUUGGCUACGCAAGUCGACACAACCAAUCCGACCGGCCGAACCCCCCCCCGACGAAUCACCUCGUGGGACGACGUCGCAACACGGCAAGAGGAGAUCAGGAAUCAACUGGUCGCUGAGUCAGUAUUUCUACUCCGAAGACGUCUUUCCAUCUCCACGUCAAUUGGAAUUUGUGAUGUCCCUGAUCGCGAAACUGCACUCCGGAACUUUCAGCGCGAUACUGUCGAGAAAGCGUUUCAAAAGCUGGAAGGUCGAGUGGGGGUGUGUGUGUGUGUGUAAAUUUUAACGCCGUGGCUGGCCUCCCGAGGGGCAUCCGGCGUGUAGGGCUACCAAAGAUAUCCUACAAGUCAAGCCUAUUGGCACAGAAUUUCAAGCCUUUUGCCCGUGACCACUAUACGAUGGGCCUCCAGGUUAGCUUCACCUAACACUUAAUUGAGCCUUUGCCCAGACCUAGCCAAGGGUUUCCCUCGAUAUACCCUAGCGAUAGUUCACCAUACCCGUCCCCCGUGUUGCGAGCUCCUCC